AUGAGUUUACCUGAUAUUUCAGCGUUCACGAAAGAGCAGCUAUCUGGACUCUUCAAGUCACCUUACACUUACAAGGAGGCCAAAGAGUCCACGGGACUGGCUGAGAAUGAGCCUAUUGACAACCUCCAAGAUGAAGAAGUAGUUGACAACAGUCUAGAUGACGAUCGUUUCUUCGAAGCUGCUGAGCACGAAUCCGUUGUCUUUGGUGUCAAGCUCCGAAAUAUCCACUGUGUUGAGAUUCCAGCAACCGACCACGAAACAUGGAGUGUUCAAGCCUCGGAUGGGACAUGGGGUAUCUUCAAGAAGAAAAAAGAAGUAAGGUUGACAUUUGGCCGCAUCAUAGCGCUAGCAGGUGACUUUUACAGCACGCAUGCAGAUGACAACAGAACACCUGUCUGCGGCGCUUUUUUCGCAGAAAGUCCGAGUCUCAGCACACCUGAAGGCUGGAAUGCCGCUGUUAGCCGCUUCAAGAGCGCCGUACAGAGUCUCAAAGACGAUACUGAUAGAAACUUGAUCAGUGUUGGUGACUUGAUCGAACAAGAGAAAAAGGGCACGGAUGAGGCAGAGAAGGAGAUCAAGAAGGGAGAAAACAAGGGAGACCUUCAUACAAUUGCUAACGCCUAUCAUGAUCAUGGCUGUGGUAUUCCGACGAACAAAGCUUGGAUUGAGGCCACCAUUGGUUUCAACAAUCCCAAGUCAAGUCUGUACGCAUGGUUAUCUUACAUCAACGCGGACCACUUCAAGGGCGACGAUGCGCUCACGGCUUACAAGGUCGGCCACUCCGAGGCUAUGAGGCUCGCUAAAGAGGCAGGUGCCAAGACGUCCGAUACCGACAAGGCGAAUGGUUUACAAGACGCCUAUAUGCACGAAGCGUUUUCUCUCCAUUAUCUGACCGAUGCUUUCUCGUCCGGCCACAUAAGAGCACCAAGACGUCAGAUACACAACGACAAUUAUGAUGAGCAAAGUAUCGCCGCUACUUCCGCAAUCACCAGCAAGGAAACUCCAAUCUGGGAUUUUCAGGCAAACUAUAUGCACGACAACGAUUCGGAUACUGGCCUACUUGUCCAGAACCAACUUGGUCAACAAUGGCUUUGUUACGGUGACAAACAAUUCAAGGAAUCCUGGGACAUUGUCAAUCGAGCUCGAAUCAAGAACUGCGUCCAAGCUUCGGUAGACGAAUUAUUCCAAGACGCCUUUACCAAUCAAAACGUCAAGACCCCAGCAGACUUCAACGCUGUGAAGCACAUCCCUGUCCCAAUGUUAGCAGCUGGAAAGGGUCCAUCGACAGGCUGGAAGUCCCAGUGGGGCGGCUACGACAUACACAACCCUGCUCCUCUUUGGCAGGUCAACUCGGAGGACGAUAAAACAGCCUGGACGAUCCGUGCCAACGUCAAUGACCAUUCUGUCUUUGCUAGGAAGCCCGGAACGCUCAAGAAUACGUCUACGAGCAGCUGGAACCCUUUUUCAGUUGAUGCAAGCAAAGAAUGCUAUGCAGCACGUGAUAGUGACUUCCGUACCAUAGGUUCAGCACCUUUAGCAAGGCCCAUCGAUGGACUCGUCAGUGGAGGUUUCAUCCAGAUCCAGGAUCUGGCUCCUGGUGGAACUUGGCUCCAGACAUGCGUUAACUUCUGGGGACCAGUUGUCGUCGGUAUUCAUGAUCGGCAGGGAAAUGUUGAAGACAAAAACACUUUUACUCUGCGCAACAGGAUUGUCGACUUCGACAGUUAUGAAGAGAGAAGUACUGUUCAACCAUUGCAGUGUAUCAAGCGGCAUGGCAAGGACGGGUUAGUUAUUUACCGUCUGAUGCAACAUCAAAAUGGAGAUAAAAAGACACUCACGCUCUCAGGCUGGAGAGUGAAAGAUCCAUUGGCAUCCGCAGGGAAGGACCAGGCCACGUUUACUCCUGAUCAAUCGUGGGCCUUUAAAACGACCAAUCUGUUCAAGGACUUAUCCGUGUCGGAAUUGUCUACAUCGCCGACUUUGGUCCGAGUCCUUACAGGCAACUUCAAAGCUGGAGCCGGCACUAACUUAGCCAUCCUCAAGUUCGACAUCAACAAUCCUGUUCAGAUUAGCCUUGUUGCAAACGAUGGGAAACCCAAGUCAAACACGACGGCUACAGACACCAAGGGAGUUUAUAACUUUGUCAAGACCCUGAAGAAUGGCGACUCAGACCGGGUUCUCCUGGCAUCGUUUGAGAAAGGCGACUCAGACACAGCCAAGAUGGCACUUGAUGUUAUGGAUAUAACUGGUGAUGCGCCAACUGUCACGAAACAUCAAGCCACCAUUUCAGCAUCUCUUCAGUCUUCUAAGAUUAUUCUUGUCGGUGAUUUACGAAAGACUGGUAACGACCAGAUCGUUGCGCUUUUUGACAGUCAGGAUAAUCUCACCAUUAUCGUGAAUGAAUACGCCACGAACGGCAUUAAUGAAACCACUCAGAAACGGGUUCCGCAGACACUGUCAGGCUUUCCUCUCAUUCGACCAUUUUUCAGUGCGCUCGUCCCCUCUGAGGAUCGUGCCUCACCCAACAGUCUGUCAAUUCUUCAGGUUUCUCUCCACGAGUAUAACAAGAAGCCGCAUUUCAUCUUCCGCCUCACAGACACCGUUAGCUGGACUACAAAGACAUCAACACCAGUGGAGGACAGGCUCGCUUCUGACCCUCAUUACUUCCACUUGAAAUGGAUCCGCUGUUCAAGACAGUCCGACUUUGAUCUUAAUACUUCCAAUGCCGCUCUUGAGGUGUUUUCGUUCUAUGGCGUACUUGGCAUCCGACUAUUCGCUCCUAUCAGUGAGAAGAAGCUUGAAAACUAUCAAGAAAUUGGAAUGUUGCAGUACAUGGGACAGACAAGCAUUGGAACCGGAUUGGGAUGUGAGGGUGAUUGGGGAAGCGGCAUUCUCACGUGGGGAGCUGAAAAGAAUGACUUCGUCGAUUUUGAAGCAUUCAAGCCUGAUGAUAGCGGCAGUGCUGGAAAGGGAAUUUGGGGCAUGUCGGCUACUGAUGCUGAGCGACCUCUUGUUAAGGGAUGGGAUGUUGAGGCCCGACCUGGUUACAAGGCUUGAAAUUUUGAUACUUGUCU